CCCACCUCCUCCCCCCUCCAACGCCUCGCUCUCUCGGUAUGGCGGACGGCGAGAGGUCCCCGUUACUAUCGGAUCUGGGAGAUGGUGCCCUGGGCAGCGGUAACGGCGGGGUGUCUCCCGGCGCGGCGCCCUACAGCGUGCCCAGCAAACCAUCGGACUUCCCUCCGUUCCCCAGCCCCAGUCAGCCCUCGGUGCUCCUAGGGGAGGACCCUCCGCCAUACUCCCCUCUCACCUCCCCGGAGAGCGGCAGCGCCCCUCUCAUCAGCUGCAGGGUGUGUCAGAGCAUGAUCUCGGUGGAGGGCAAGAUCCACCAGCACGUGGUCAAGUGUGCGAUUUGCAAUGAGGCUACGCCCAUUAAGAAUGCCCCAGCAGGGAAGAAGUACGUUCGCUGCCCCUGCAACUGUCUGCUCAUCUGCAAAGUCACUUCCCAGAGGAUCGCCUGUCCCCGACCAUAUUGUAAGAGGAUAAUAAAUCUGGGUCCAGUUCAUCCCGGUCCUGCCAGUCCUGACCCCCAGCCAGCUGGAGCUCGCGUCUCCUGUGGACACUGCAGCAACACCUUCCUGUGGACAGAGUUCACAGAUCGGACGCUGGCCAGGUGCCCACACUGCAGGAAAGUCUCCUCCAUUGGUCAGAGGUAUCCCCGGAGGCGGAGCUUGUGGUGUUUUCUACUCUGCUUGCUAUUCAGCAUUUCCACCGCCGGUCUGAUGGCUGGAACGUGGGUGAAGGCUCAGACCUACCAGGGGAUCUACGCCUCGUGGGCCGUGCUGCUGCUCCUGGUUCUCGUCACCCUGGCCCGGGCCUUCUACUGGGCCUGCAUGAGGGUCAGCCAGCCCCUCCAGAACUUCACAUAGAGGCCCCCCUCCUCCUCCUCCUCCUCCUCCUCAUCUUCCUCCUCCUCCACCUGCUGCACCUCUCCUCUCAACCCGCCAGGCAGGAGGAGAGAUGGCUUUAAAUAAAACAAAAACAAAACAACAAAAAAAACAACACAAAAAACACAAUAUUUAUUUAAAUCCAACUCCAGGAAGAAAAAAAAAAGUUCUCCUUCUGUCCCUUCCCUUUUAGUCAAAUGUGUUUCUAAAACUGGACGGCGGCAGCUGCGACUGCUAUAUAUCUAUCGGUAAUUAUGAUGACGCGUAUAGCCUACUGUACUGUUUAUCUACUCUAAUCUCGUGGCCAGUGUGGGGUUCAUUUUAACAUUUUUAACACCUUUUUUGUUCUUCUUUCUCUUUCCCCCCCUGCGCAGUUUGUACAUUUUGGCUUCAGUCUGUGGCACAUCCGUCUAGGGCUUAAAGUUAAGUCUUAGAUGUCAAUAUCAUCCCUGUUUUUGUUUUCUUUUUGUUUUCUUUUUGGGGUGGGGGCGGGGGGACGGACUCUCCCUUUUCCAAUCCUAAUUUGACAUUAGUGUUUCAGCAUUUUUAAAACAAGUCGGAUGAAGCUAACACGUCGAUGCCAGUAGAGGACGAGCGGCUGGAGAGCCUCCUCUUUUUUUUUUUUUUUUUUUUCUUCUCGCGUGAAUCAAAAGAUCAAGUAGACGUUAAAAUGUGUCGGAAAAAUUCAAUUCAGAGGUUUGUGAAGGUAGGCUAUGAUGUUUCUGAACGCAGUGUUUAUGCUGAAUUAUCCCCUGGGACUGACUUUGAUCCAAAGCAGCUUGAAAGCCUUAAAAAAAGGAGGUGCGAUAGAAGGAUUCAACAAACACACACACCAACACACAUGCAGACAUGCACAGCCACAUGAAUUCACGCUGUUACGCCACAAAAGCAAGAUGUUUAAAAAAAAACAAGAACGGUUUGUUAAAAUCCAUCCCAGCCUCUGUGUUCAAAGACAGACCUGCAGACAGAGUUUCUCCACGCUGUUGUCCUCGUCUGAGUCCAGGAAGUUGGGUGUUUUGUUGCGGUCCAAUAAGAGUGGAACCACAUCUAUAUCUCCUGUUGUUCUUACACUUCACAGCUUUUUAUUUAACAAUUUCCCCCCCGUAGUUCUUUCACAUAUCUCCAGUCAACGUAUCAUUAACAGCAGAGCUCGGCAGAAGCCUUCCUGCUAUUUAUUCUAAGACAUACUUCUACGUUGGGCUCUCCAAAAACACAACAGAAUAUGAAACGAAUGGGUGCAGCAGGCUUUUUGGAAAACUGAUAUCUGCCUCCUUAUUUCCACAAAAGCCUGCGAGUGUAUGUGAAGUGUUUCAGAAUUGCUUUUUUUCUUUUUGUUUUCCGCUUGUACGUUUUCAAACUUACAAACCGGCCCGGUCUUGAGGAGCUGAAUUUUUCAUCUCUUUGUGCUAAAAUACUUAUUGACAAAUGCGUCACAAUUCAAGUAACAAAUUUGCACAAAAGCUCCAUUUUGCUCAAUUCUGUUUGUGUUUUUGGUUCAAUUUAGGAUCAUUAGUGGUGGAAAUGUGUUUUUCUUGUCGCUGAAGACAGAGGCUGGUGGAGAAUGUGUAGAGGAGGAAAAGCUACAGAAUAGGUCAGUAACACACACUACAUGUACAUUCAGUGUAAGUCCCAUAACUGUCUGUGGUUCUGAAUGUGGUGACAUUUCUUUGUAUGAUUUCUGUAUGAUUUUUGUUUGAUUGUAAAUAUAUUUGUGUACAAUGGGAGCGACCGAGCGAAUUCAGUCGCACUCCGAGCUUAACACUACUGCUGUGAUCGCUGCAGAAGUUUUAUUUGUCGUUUGUAAGAAGGUUAUUUUUGCAACUCUUCACCUGUUACAUAUUUAAUGAUUUGAUUAACUACUAACCUAAUAAGCCUCUGGACGCGUGUCCAAACAAAAACCUUGAACACACACACACACACACACACAUCGACGAAAACAUGAUCACAUUCCCAAGCGAUGACAUCUCACACACACAAACACACCCAGCACCUUAUACAGUAGUGACAAACACUGCAUACACCGAGUGAGACGAGAUGAAGUUACCCUGCUAGACUGAACCGAGCUGUUGACGCGGAUGUCAUGUUAUUUAUUAUACACACUGCAAAACAGGAUCACCUAAACAAUUCGCUCUUUUAUAGUCUUACAAUCUCACAUAUUGCAGAAGGAAAAAAAAAAAAAGUCUGUUACGGAGUGAGAUUAUUUCAUUUUCCUCCUCCUCCUCCGACGCUGCUCCAGGGCAUUUAUUUUGUUUCUUUCCUUUCGAUACAAUAAUCUGCCAGUUUGGAGUUGUGCUCCACGCAUUCGUUUUUUUAAAGACGAGAAAGACAAGAUGAUAGGACAGAAUUUAAGAGGACACGACUUGUUUAAGAAGAGCCUUUUUUGCAGUGGAGUGACCACGUUUUAUCCAUGACUGCAAAAGACAUUAAUCAUGUUAAUAAUGCCAAUAAUCAAGAACCUGGCUGAAGCUCUUUUCAGAGUUUGUUUACACUCAAAUAAAGACAUGAUGAUGUACAAAA